GGUGGGGCGUAGUAGAAGUGGGCGGGCGGCGACGGUGAAGUGGCUGUUCCAGCUCACCUCUGUCGCUGUCACCUGUUUCUUCCUUUUCCGCCGGAACAGAAAUGAUUCGAUUUCUCCUGCUGUUCAGCCGGCAAGGGAAGUUGCGACUGCAGAAAUGGUAUAUCACACUGCCUGAGAAGGAGAAGCGCAAGAUAACAAGGGAGCUGAUGCACAUCAUGCUUUCCCGGAAUCCCAAGACCAGCAGCUUCGUUGAUUGGCAGGAUCUAAAACUUGUGUACAAGAGGUAUGCAAGUCUGUACUUCUGCUGUGCCAUAGAGGAUCAGGACAAUGAGUUGCUGACACUGGAGACUGUCCAUCGACUUGUAGAGCUGCUUGAUAAAUACUUUGGGAAUGUCUGUGAGCUGGACCUAAUAUUUAAUUUUGAGAAAGCAUAUUUUAUCUUGGAUGAAUUUCUGAUGGGUGGAGAAGUUCAGGAGACCUCCAAAGAGCUGGUGGUGCGAGCCAUUGAGGAUGCUGACAUGUUACAAGAGACAAUGGAAGAAUACAUGAACAAACCAACUUUUUAAUCUGCGAAAAGGAUUCUUUAUCUUCUGUAACAAGAGCAGAGUCUAUGCCGAGGAUUUGUUUGGACAACCGAGAUUCCAGGCAGACUUAGUGCUCUUGUUGAAGACAUGGCACCGCUGGGCGGGCCACCUGCCAAUGUGCAACAAGGGAACAUGGAAUCAUGUCGGACAUGAAUACCAGGACUACCUUAGGAACCCGUUGCAGCAGCAUGGACCUUAGCACACCCAAUACACAGGGAACAAAUGUAUGCAAAGGAAAUAUUGCUUUUUAAAUAACAAAUAAAAUAUUUUUAUAUGUA